AAACUGCGAGUAUCGAACUUUGGGAAGAACUGCUCAAGCCUUUACGGUUUCAUUUUCAGUACCAAGGACAGAGACAAGUAAUUUCUGUUUAUUUUUGACCACAGGAUGCGAAAACGAAUGUUCUAGGAUGCUCAGGCGUUAAAGAAGGACUGAUGAACAACCCAGACAGAGCCAGGUGAAUCCUAAUUGAGAAAGCGAUCGAUUUCUUCUUCCGUUAUCUGAAAACUUCACUACAGUUUCGGCGAGAGACGUUCAUUCAAAUAAUGGGGAAAGCAACAAACGGUGGCACUUCUUGUGCGUAGAAUUACGUCACGGCGAUCGGACACAAACUUCUGGAAAUAAUUGGACUCCUGUUGCGGAAUAAAUUUGCCCACCAGCUUUUAAAAUUCAUUGUUCAUUCAGGUGUCUACCCAUGCAAAUCACUGCGCAGACGCAAGAUCUGAGCUCAGAGCGUGACACUUGUCACAGGUCUUGGGGUAUAAAAAUCCAACAUCCAGGCUUUCUUUGAAGAAGUAGUUCGUUUACAGGUGUCUUUACAGACCGGUAGCAAACCUGGAAGAAAACAGCAUCUUAACUGUGAGCCUUAUCUGGUCACCAGCGUCCACGGACAUACGUACGGCCAUUCUCUUGUAAUUCAGGUUCCCGCUGAUAUCCUGUCAUGAAGCUCAAUUUCCUUGUUUCUACUGCUAUCCUGCUUGUUGCCUUCCUGCCGCGUCAUGAAUGUAGAGCUAUCGAAAGCCCGGGGGCUGUCCAGUCCGGUCGGGGUUCCGAAUCUGAGCUACAGGAGCUUUCCCUUCCGCUUUUGGUGAGACUGGGAGAGGAGUAUUUCAUUCGCCUGGGCAACGUAAAUCAGAAUCCCCCCUCGUACCUGCCCAACAUGUCCCCCGAUGCGUCCCCGGCUAACGUCAACAGGGCUUUCCAGAUGCAGCUCACACAGCGUCUCCUGCAAGGCAAAGUUGGUCACCCCAACCGGCUUCUGAGCAGCCACGAUGACCAGCUGGAAGACCUGACGGGAAGAGGGAAGCGGUCCGAAGAGCCUCCCAUUUCCCUGGAUCUGACCUUCCACCUGCUACGAGAAGUUUUGGAAAUGGCCCGGGCGGAGCAGCUUGCCCAGCAAGCGCACAGCAACAGAAAAAUGAUGGAAAUCAUCGGGAAGUGAACGUGACACAGCUCCAUCUGCCAAAGAAGUUUUACAUCUAGCACAAAAUACACAGUAUCCUGUACCAUAGCGCUGCUUUUACAUUAUUUAUUUUUUAUAGCUUUAAACCUCAAACGAAGGAAAAUGAUGAGGAAUCGUAGCCCGCUCGAUGGUUGGUAAUCAGACUGGCUCAUACAUGCAAGAUAAAUGCGUCAUUUUAAUUUGUAUAACUGUUGUAACAGUGAUAUUACAAAACCGUAGCAUUUACACAAAACCUUUCACAUUUUCAAAACAAAAAAAAACCAAUAUAUUUUAAGUAGAAUUGUAGGAAAUUCACUAAUUUCAGAACGCCGUAUUCAGAAAUGGAUGCCCUCUCUGAAAUUCAGUUUCCCUGUAAUCUACCUUGUUUACGUUUGAUAAUAAACAUAAUAUGAGCAACGAGU